AUGAUGCAGGAUGACACUUAUGAUUGCUACGGAACUUAUGAGGAACUUGAGAUUUUCAACGAAGCGAUUCAAAGGUGGUCAGUUACCUGCAUCGAUGCACUUCCGGAUUACAUGAAGUUCGUAUACAAAAUAUUCUUGGAUUCAUAUGGUGAAAUGGAGGAAAUCAUGGCAAGUGAAGGAAAAUCAUAUCAAGUUGAAUGUGCAAAAGAUUUGAUGAAAGAGUUGAGUAGACAUUACAUGAUUGAAGCAAAAUGGAAAAAUGAAGGGUAUGAACCAACAUCAGAGGAGCAUGAAUCAGUUUCAUUUGUAUCUGCAGGCUACAAAAUGCUUAUUCCAACAAGUUUUGUGAGCAUGGGUGAGAAAGUCAUAGAAGAAGCAUUCAAAUGGGCCCUUAGCUUUCCCCCUCUUAUAAAAUCUGCAUGUGUAAUUGCUAGGAUUAUGGAUGACAUUGUGGAAGGGAAAGAAAAGGAGGUUGUGUCCACAGUGGAAUGCUACAUGAAGGAACAUGAUGUCAAGGAGGAGUACGUCUAUAAUUUGUUCAAGGAAAGAGUAGAAGAUGCAUGGAAAUAUAUGAACCUAGAAUUGCUUACACGUAAAGACAUUCCUGUGGUCCUCAAAAUGCGUGUGAUCAACCUGGCACGCGUAAUCGAAUCACUAUAUAAAUAUGAUGAUUUCUUAAAGAACGUUGGUAUAGAACUGCAAGAUAAUAUCAAAUGUUGUUUCAUAAAUGCAAUAACCUUAUAA